AAAUUAGCCGAGUCUGUCUAUCUGAGCUUCGAUUUCUUUCUUUCUUACUGGAGUGACUGGGAGUCAAAAUGGCAGGAGGAGGAGCUGUGGUUGUUUCAGCCUCAAGGGUAGUCGGAGGUGGGAGAGGUGGUGGCGGUGGAGGUGGAAUUACAGCAACAACAACAAGGUGGAAUCAUUUGCACAACCCCCCUUCUAAGAUUACUAGUACCUCCUCAAGAAAUCCAAUUCCAAUUUCAAACCCAGUCUCAAUUGGUGGUCAUAGCAGACGAAAACGGUUCUCACUCUUUGUUCGUUAUGCUCAAACCCAGGAUUUUUCAUCUCGUUUCCAAGAUGGUGUUGAGGAAUUGCCAAAAUUGGUGGAAGAUAUAGUCCAGACAUCAUUAAACACAGGCCCGCGUGGUCCGGUUCGGUUAGCUCAAGGUAUUCAAGCUUUUCUUGGUGUUGGUGCUGAAUGGCUUUCUGAUGUCUCCAAGACUGUUAACACUUCAACAGCAACAACAGGAUUACCAGCACAAAUGCAACUUGGAUUACUUUCUCCUAUUUAUCUCCGCAAAUUGUUCGAACGAAUGGGUGUUACUUAUAUCAAGUUAGGCCAGUUCAUUGCGUCGGCCCCAACCUUGUUUCCACCAGAAUAUGUGGAGGAAUUCCAAAAGUGCUUUGAUAGGGCACCUGCAGUCCCUUUUGAACAAAUUCAAGCUAUUUUACGGCAGGAGUUAGGGACGACUAUAGAUAGUGUUUAUGACUAUGUUGAUCCAGUUCCUCUAGCAUCGGCUUCUGUUGCGCAGGUUCAUGCUGCAAAGCUGAGAGGUUCCCAGCAAGACGUGGUGAUAAAGGUUUUAAAGCCUGGAAUUGAGGACACAUUAGUUGCAGACCUCAACUUUAUUUAUGUUGUUUCACGAAUUCUGGAAUUCUUGAAUCCCGAAUUCAGCCGUACGUCACUGGUUGAUAUUGUUAAAGAUAUAAAGGAAUCAAUGCUUGAAGAAGUUGACUUCAAAAAGGAAGCUGCAAACAUCGAGUCAUUUCAAAGUUAUCUUGAAGCAAUGGGUCUCACAAGGCAAGCUACAGCUCCAAAAGUGUAUCCGCAGUGCAGUACUCGACGAAUAUUGACCAUGGAGAGGCUGUAUGGAGUUCCUCUCACUGAUCUAAACUCCAUUAGAUCCCUUGUUACUAGUCCAGAGACAACACUUAUUACAGCGCUAAAUGUGUGGUUUGGCAGUUUGCUGGCUUGUGAAACCUUUCAUGCUGAUGUACAUGCAGGAAAUUUGUGGGUUCUUCGCGAUGGCCGAAUUGGAUUCCUUGAUUUUGGGAUUGUGGGACGUAUUUCCCCGAAAACAUGGGCAGCUAUGGAGGGAUUUUUGGCAUCUAUUGCUAUUGAAGAAUAUGAACAGAUGGCGUCAUCCUUAAUUGACAUGGGUGCAACUAGCAGCAAUGUGGAUGCCAAAGCAUUUGCAAGAGACCUGGAAAAAGUUUUUUCUUCAAUACAGGAUUUGGACACUGAAGUCAUUGUUGCUGCAGCUAGAGGUUCGGACGCGAGAACUACUGUAGCUGCUAACGUAGUUGUUGAUGAGAGGCAGAUGAAUGCUCUAUUCCUUGAUGUGGUACGGGUGAGUGAAUCUUAUGGGCUGAGAUUUCCUCGUGAGUUUGCACUUCUUAUGAAGCAACUUCUGUAUUUCGAUCGUUAUACCCGUCUGUUGGCUCCAAACAUGAACAUGCUCCAGGACCAGAGAAUCAGUAUUGCCUCGAACAGACAACGGGACAUCAAAAACAACAUGGAUAAUUGGCGAUGAAUCGUCUGCUAGUAGUUAUGCACGUCCAACACAAGAUUAAUUGUUCCACUUAUAGGCUGUAUGGCAACUCUUAGUAGAGCUUCCAACAAGAACUGGUUGUACUUGUAUAUGAAUCUUACUCUUACUACACAAAGCAAUAAGAAAAUCUAAGUGUGACCUUUACAGGUAAACCGCUUUCUAACA